AUGCACUGUGUCGAUAUCGUCCGCCAGCAGAUCAUUUGUCAUGCCGACAGCACGCUGGUCUAUAAGCGACCGCGGGACAAGUAUCCCGGCAACGGCGGCAUGCGCGUGCGCAAUGAAUUUGACGCUCUCACUCACAAGACCAAAGAUCACGCGUCUCAGUGGCUCCUCGGAAAUGUGAAAAUCAUGCCAGGCAAUGUUGGUUAA